CGAUAGAACGCGCUGCGUCGCGCCAGUAGACAGCGGAUCGCCAAAACCCGACCCUGGAAAAAAAGCAGAGCCACGUCUGUUUGAAGAUUAUUUUAUUGCAGCGAGGUAGGCAGUUCAGUGAAUUUCUCCAUGAAUGUACGUCACAAUGAUGAUGACAGACCAGAUUCCCCUGGACUUGGCUCCCCCCCUCCUGAACGGGGAGGUUCCACUCGGCAUGCACAUGGUUAACGGGGACGCAGCGCAGCAGUUAAUUCUGUGGGUGGGUGAACCCGGGGAGACCUUCACCAUCCGCGCCGAGGAUGGCUCUCUGCAGUGCAUCCAGGGUCCUGCUGAGGUGCCCAUGAUGUCCCCUAACGGAUCCAUCCCCCCCAUCCACGUCCCUCCAGGAUACAUCUCACAGGUGUUAGAGGAUAACACAGGGGUGCGUCGCGUGGUGGUCACCCCCCAGUCUCCGGAAUGUUACCCCCCAUCUUACUCCCCCGCCCUCUCCCCCACGCACCUCCCCCCCUACCUGACCCACCCCCACUUCAUCCCCAACCCCCCCUCCUUCUACCCCCACCUGGGUCCCGGGGAAAUGCAGCAUCAGUUCUACCAGCAUCACAUGCCUCCUAUGUAUGGAGACCCAGAGAUCAUCCCGGUCUAUGGGAUGUCCAGCUACAUAAGCCGUGAGGAGUACAGCAAGCCCCAGCCUAAGAAAAUGAAGGACCAGAGGCUGGAGAGACAGAACCGCCUCAACUCUCCCCCCUCCUCCAUCUACAAGGGCAGCCUGGGCACCUCCCACAACGGCUACAGCAGCAAAUCCCACGCCCCUGCUCUGGGGUCGCUGGGGUCGCUGGGGUCGCUGGGGUCGCUGGGGUCGCUGGGCGGAACCAGCAGUCCUGGAGGGAAGAAGCCGGAGAGACGACUCCGCAGCAGUCCCCGAGCGAGCGAGCCAGACACACACGCACACACACAGGGUCUCAAGGCAGGAGAACCAAACUGUCACCAUGACAACCACAGUCUCAGGCAGUGGGGGCGCCCCGACGGCAGCGCCAACGAGGAGAUGCACACAUACACCCUGGAGAUCCAGGAAGAGAACACCGGAACAGACUUUCAUCCAAAGUACACUGGAGAAAACCUGACCUGUACUGUACAGGGCCUGAAAAGAAGCACACAGUAUAAGUUCAGGCUGAUAGUGUCGAACAUGGAGGGCAGAAGUAGUCCCAGUGAGGUUCUAGUGUGUAACACCAGUCCAGACAAACCCGGCCCACCAUCCACCCCCUGUGUGACUGCAGCCACGCCUUAUGGAUUCACCGUCUCCUGGGAUCCUCCCCAGGACAACGGGGGUUCUGACAGUCUGACCUACCUGCUGGAGAUCACCCAGGGCUGUUCUGAAGCGGGCCAGUGGGAGGUGGCCUACAGCGGGCCAGCGACAGAGUGUGUGUGUGAGCGUCUGACCCCCGGGACGUCCUAUCGCCUGCGUGUGUGUAGCAUCAGCACCGGGGGUCACAGCCAGUGUACCGUGAGUGUUCCACUCCGCACACUAAGUGUUCCACCUGGACCCUGUCAGCCACCAAGGAUUGUGGGUAAAGCCAAACACAAGGAAGUGCAGUUAGAAUGGGACUCCCCCGUCUCCGAGGGUGUGUGCGAGGAGUGUGUGUUCAGUUUGGAGAUGAGCGAGGGAGAGGGCGAGCCCCGGGAGGAGUACCAGGGGAAGGAGCUGCAGUGCACCGUGGGUAGGCUGCUGCCCGGAGCCACCUACAGCUUCCGACUGCGAGCCGCCAACGAGGCUGGGUUCGGGGAGUACUCUGAGCCUGCGGAGGUGACGACUGCAGCAGGUCCUCCUGGCCAGUGUGUGGCGCCCGUCGUCACCCUCACCAACAACACCUGCAUAACACUCAACUGGGAGAGCCCGGAAGGUUCUGGCUCCGACAUCUCGGAGUAUCGUCUGGAAUGGGCGAGGGAGGACACGGCCAUGGAUGUCGUCUACUGUGGGAGCGCAACACAGUGUGAGCUGUCGGAGCUGACUCCUGCUACUCAGUACUGCUGCAGGCUACAGGCUGUGAAUCAGGCAGGGGCGGGGCCCUACAGUGAACAGGUGUGCUUCCAGACCCCACCGACCAGUCCAGACCCGGUUUCCACCCUCUCCCACAACCCCUCAGAGUUAGGCCACUCCCCGUCCACCUGCCUUUUCCUCAAAUGGGAGGAGCCAAACAACAAUGGAGAAGAGAUGACCUCUUACAUCAUCACCCUCAAUGAGCAGACAAUCACCGUGGAGACGGGAACUUCUCACCUUAUUACGGACCUGCAACCAGACAGCGAGUACAGCGUGCAGAUACAGGCGGUAAACGCGAUUGGCUGCAGCCCCUUGAGCCCGCCCCUGCUGGCAAGGACACGCCCCCUUCCCCCAGCCCCUCCCCCUCUGGAAUGUUCCGCAGCGGGCCCCCAAAGCCUGAAGCUGAAGUGGGGCGAGAACCCCGGCAACACACACACACGCGCUCUGCUGGCAGACGACACGGUCUACACUCUGCAGAUGGAGGACAAGAACCACAGGUUUGUGCCCAUCUACCACGGCUCCAGCCACACCUACAAGGUACAGCGCCUGACGGAGUCCAGCAGCUACAGUUUCCGGAUCCAGGCCGUGAGCGCGGCCGGGGAGGGCUCCCCCUCUGACACGCACACCUUCACCACCAGCAAGGCUGUGCCCCCCCCGCUCAGAGCUCCCAAAGUGCAUCAGAUGGAGGGUAACGUGUGUGAGGUCACAUGGGAGACCAUUGCACCAAUGAGAGGAGACCCUGUCAGCUACGUGCUGCAGGUUCUUGUGGGACGAGAGUCUGAGUACAAACAGGUAUUUAAGGGAGAGGAGGGCGUGUUUCACAUCUCCGGCCUCCAAGGCAACACAGACUACCGUUUCCGCGUCGGCGCCUGCCGUCGUUGCCAGGAUACGUGUCAGGAACUGUGCGGCCCUCUGAGCCCCUCCACCCUGUUCACCCUGCGUCGCCUGGAGACAGCCUCACCGGGGGAGGCCGGCGCCGUGGACACGGGGAGAGGGUCGGGCCUGGCGUGGAGCGACGAGCGUUUUGCCGCGCUGAUUGUAUGCGUCUUUGCCGCCCUGGCCGUCCUCAUGGCUUUCCUGCUUCAGUACUUCUUCAUGAAGUGAGGGAGUGUACUCUAGGAUAGAAAAGAGAAACCAACAAACCAACACAAAAAAACGACAAGAGAGAGAGAGAGAG